CGGAAGUGGCUGCUUGUGCUGAGGGAGGGAGAGAGGGGCGGACAGACUGACGAAGCGACAGGAAGGAAGGCAGGCGGCCGGGCGGCGCUGGGGCUCCUCCAUCGUGCUGGUGGCGGCAGCCGCUGCUGAGCCGCGCGGAGCCUUCGCUGGUCGUCGUCGUCGUCUCGGCUGACGCUUUCUCCGCUCAGUCCCGGUAACAUAUGGCUCGUGGACAGCAGAAGAUCCAGUCACAGCAGAAAAAUGCCAAAAAGCAAGCUGGACAAAAAAAGAAGCAAGGCCAUGAUCAGAAGGCUGCAGCUAAGGCUGCUUUAAUAUACACAUGCACCGUCUGUAGGACACAGAUGCCAGAUCCCAAGACCUUCAAACAGCACUUUGAGAGUAAGCAUCCGAAGACUCCACUCCCUCCAGAACUUGCUGAUGUUCAGGCAUAAAAUUUGCAGGUGAAUUCAUGGAACCUAAUGACUCUUCUACUGUCAAACAUUGCAUAACAGAUCUGCAGCUGCUUUUCUAACAAACUGUUGAUCGGCAAAAAAAAAUGAAGGGGCUAUAGAAACAUUCAUAUUUUUAUGCUGUUCCUCUUGGGCUUCAUGUAAAGACAAAUCUAUGUAACUGUACAGUCAUGCCCUACUUGGAAAUCAAAAAUUGGUUCAUUCUUAAAAAUUUUUACAGUUGUAAUUAUAUUGAUGUUCAUAAUAUGUAAAAUAACUCAUUUAAUAAAAUAGUACUUUGAUUUUACAAUAUCACAGGUCAGAUGCUUGCAGAAGUUCUGUUUUCAGUAUCUCUGUUUUAUUUGCCUUACAAAAUCUUAUCAAGUGGACUUCCCCCCUCAGCCAAAAACUAAGCAGUGUCAUUACUAACACCAUUGCUGUUAACAAUGUUCACCUUAACUAGACUAUUAUUUCUCUUUUCAACAUGCUGCUUGCUUUGAAGCUGGUUAUAUUUUCAAUAUUUAAUAGCUCUGAAGAGAUGUUAUUUCAAGACUAUUUAGUUUUGAAUAUCUGUUCUAUUGGCUAUUAUGAAAUUCCACUUGUGUACAUAAAGCCACUUCUAUCUUGGAUUUAUGUACUGGAGUCAUCUGCAGUACAGUAAAAUCCUCAUGUUCAGUGGUCGUGUGGCAAAAAUAUAGUAAAGCUGAACUUUGUUCCAUAUGUGAUCUCAAUGGCCACACCUGCUAUAGCAAUCUGAAAUAAUUGAUCUCUGCUUUGAAGUUCCAUUAUGUAACUUCUUAAAUGAACCUGUGAGAAGUCAGCCACACUGGUUACAUUAGUGUGUAAAAAUAACUACUGAAAUUGUUUCCCUGUUUGAAAGCAAGCAGUGAAUUAGCUUGUUUGAAGGAACAUAGUGGCACAUGGCAUUGAAAUGAUUGUUAAUUAAGCUUUGAGUAUUUGGAAUUAAUUAAAUGGGGUGGGAGUAGAAGCUAAUUUUUUUCUGUCUUGUUUGAGUAAUUCACAACAUUCUGAUCUCAGGUGCAGAGCACAUACGUUUUGUCCCAUUUGCUUUUUACUUUAAAAGACUGCUGAUUUUUCAUGAGUGACUUAGUGAGGAGUGUUUAGUAUCCCAUUUGAGACACUGAAAGAAAACAGUGAGACCAAAUUUUCUUUGUAUUGUACUUGGGUCAUUCAUCUACUCUGAAUACUUCUCUUAAAGUGAUUCUUCAGUUUAAAACUGCACACACUAAAGUUAUACAUUUUGUGCAUAACAGUAGAUAGCAGUUCUGAUAUGUUUUCGUACACAGUUUCAGUUAAACUGCCUUUAUUGUAGUAAUUCUGGGUUGAACCUUGCUAGCUACACGUCUGUCUUGAAUUUGUACACCUAACAUUAUAAUGCAGCCCUUGGCCCAUUUUGCAUUCUCACCUGACAGUAUUGGCCUGCUACAGCUAAACCUCAGUAAGCAAGAAUUUUCUUUCAAGACUUCAGUGGCCUACUUAAAUGUUAAAGCUUAAUGCUUUUUUUUAAGUAGUUGAAUGAGACAUUUGUUUACUGUUUUUCCUUUAAUAGUUUUUCCUGGAGGGAAUUCUAAAAGGUUGCCAUCAGAAAAAAUCAUUCCUCAAACUGAUAACCUGUAAUGUUUUCUUUCAGCCUACUCAGCAGCAAAUAAAAAAGGGUUUACUUAUAAAUUGUUUGGAAACAGUAAACAAUACAUUUCUGACUAGAUAUAGUGCAAGUGAUUCACUUACAUGCAGUCUUUGCAUUUUCUAAACUACUGUCAUCAAUAGUUUAUGUCUAUGCAUUGAGCAAGUUAGUUCUUGGUUUUAUACACUAUAAAAGCUGUUACAAACAGAUACUGUGUUUCUAACCAGACACCAUAAAAUCUUGACAUUCAACACAUAUGGGAGCAAAUGGGGGAGGAGGGGAGGGACCUGACGUCGUUGGAGGCUUGAAUACUCUGUUGAUUUAAAGGGAUGGGGAUAAGGGAUACAUGUGGAGAAACUUUCCUCUUUCCAUAUCUUGUGGAUGGUACCCUGUUAACUCUGGAAAAAAGACACAAGUCUGCAUUGUAAUGUGUCUGAUUAAAAUCUUUUAAAAAGCAAAA